AUGGCCGGACUAUCAUCGCCCUCCACAGCGGUCCACCCUGCCUUGGCGGUCGUUGGAGAACUACCGUGUCUCCCAGACCCAGUGCCACUACUCGCACCGGUGGACAGCAAUUGUCUCACAGACCGGCCCAGGACGUCCUAUAAUACGGUUUCUUCAUCCUCUUCCUCAGACUCGCUUUCCGCAUCGCGUCGACAACAGCAGGGUCACGAGCAUUUGUCCACAGCAGAACAGACAAAGAAACCAGCCCCGCCGCGGGAUGCCGACCGUCUAGGCCAGCCACGGGCCCUUCCCAGACCUCAAUCGGCUCGUGCUCAACUCGGCACCUUGGACACGAUUCCCCGCCAGACCAUCAUGAAAGCCCUGGCAUCCGUGGCUCGCAGCCACAAGCCCGAGGCGCUCUCGCUCAGCGGUGUGCUCAGUGCGAGCGUGCAAGCGUCCUCCUCCCCACCGGACGCUCCGAAAACGGACCCCACAGACACAGAAGCAGCGCUAUGGGGUGACGAUGCCGCUCCGACUGCCGUGCCCCCAUCCCAUAUCCUCUCGCCGCCGCCACAGCAGCAGCAGCAGCAGCAGCAGUCGGCCACUUCUUCGUCGCAGCUGCUGUGCGAUGCCCUCAACGACCUGGCACUGCGCAACGGUAGCAACACGCUCGGCUCGCCGGCCACGCCGGCAGCCGCGGCACUCUCGGCCCUGCAGUCGCCCUGCUACUACCACCAGCGGUUUGACGACGCCGUCGACAUUGACAAGGUGCUCGAGGAGAUCAAGAACGACGAAUAUAUGUCGCACUCGCGCCUGGUGCAAACAGCCACGGGCGUCCGUGAGGUGUCUAAGCAGCUGCAACGCCGGCCAAUUCGCCGAGCCGUGCGCAAUGUCAUGAUUGUCACGAAAGCCCGCGAUAACGAGCUGGUGCUGCUGACGCGCGAGCUCGCCCAGUGGUUGAUGGCCACGCCGCGCUACGGCUCUGAAGUCGGCGUCAAUGUCUACGUAGAUGCCAAGCUGCGCAAUUCUAAGCGCUUCGGCGCUGCCGGCCUCAUGGCAGCAGACCUGCGCGGCCGCUUCGCCACCAUGCUGCGGUACUGGACGCCGGACUUGUGCUGGACCCAGCCCGAGAAUUUCGACCUGGUCAUCACGCUGGGCGGCGACGGCACCGUGCUCUUCACCUCGUGGCUCUUCCAGCGUAUCGUCCCGCCGGUGCUCUCCUUCAGCCUCGGCAGUCUCGGCUUCCUGACCACGUUUGAGUACGAGCGCUUUCGCGAACACCUGGACCGCAUCAUGGGCAGCGAGGGCAUGCGCGUGAACCUGCGCAUGCGCUUCACCUGCACCGUCUACCGGAACGGCAAGACAAAUGGCGACGGCAGCUCGCCUGACCAGCUGCUCGAGGAGGGCGAGCAGUUUGAGGUGCUCAACGAGCUCGUCAUCGACCGCGGCCCGUCGCCCUAUGUGUCCAACCUGGAGCUAUACGGCGACGACGAGCUUCUGACCGUCGUCCAGGCCGACGGCUGCAUCUUCUCCACGCCGACCGGCUCUACCGCAUACUCUCUCUCGGCCGGUGGCUCUCUCGUGCAUCCCGACAUUCCGGCCAUCCUACUGACGCCCAUCUGCCCCCACACCCUGUCGUUCCGGCCCAUGGUUCUGUCGGACACAAUGCUGCUUCGCGUGUCCAUUCCACGCAACAGCCGUGCGACGGCAUAUUGCGCCUUUGACGGCAAGGGCCGCGUGGAGCUGCGGCAAGGUGAUUGCGUCACUAUCACGGCGUCGCAGUACCCCUUUCCGACUGUCACACGCACCGAUACCGAGUGGUUUGACUCCGUCUCGCGGACGCUGCGCUGGAACACCCGGGCAGCAACCCAGAAGGGCUUUGAUGCCGGGAGCGGAAACGCUGUGGCCACAGCCGGUGCAGCCGAGAAGGAAGAGCCUGAUUGGGACAUCGAUACGGAUUCGGGCUACUACGCCAGCGAAGAGGGCAGCACAAGUGCAAGUCCACUGCGGCGGCAGAUGAGCCUGUUGGGGAUGUGA